AUGGCUAGUGAGGAGAGUUUUGUUGUUUUGGUUCACCACAGAGGAUCCAUUAAGAGAAAAACUCGUUCCGGCGUGAAGUUCACAGAUAAGGAUCCUCUCUGUAUUGUCUUGACUCCUACGAUGAGCUAUGAUGACCUUGUUAGAUCUGUACUGAUGAAACUCGGUCUGGAAGGUGCGAAGCGGGUUAAGAAGUUUUUCUAUCGCAUUCCAAUCACGGUGCUCCAGGAUACCGUGAAGUAUGAUUGUUUCAUGAUUAGUAGUGAUGAGGACUUGCAAGUAAUGUUUCUUUGUCGGCGGCAGUUUCCAGAGGUGAGGACACCAGAGUUGUUGGCAAAGCUGGUUGAUGUGGUAUCCAACUCAGGGGGUUCGAACCGGAAUACCACCACUUUAGCCACGGCAGCCGGUUCUAGUUCCCGACCUGCCGUUGGUUCUUCCUCCGUCCCUGUGUACCAGCCAGUGGUCCAACCUGUCGCCUCCCCAUCUUUUGCUGUUGAUCUCAAUGGCAGCGUAUGCGACGAGGUAGGUUCAAGGAAAAAUCUGCCAAACACUUUACUGGGCGUUGCACCGCUUAGCGUUGGAGAUGGAUUGUUGGGUGAUGCAGAGGAGGAUGACGUCGAGCCGGAUAUGAUUGACGAUGACAGCGGCGAUGAUAUUGGAGCGAGUGAGCCUGCAUUGGCGGUAGGUGGUUCCAGCUCUGGCACAUAG